CAUCUGCAUCCGCACUUGAACAGCCGCCCGCAUCUGCAUCUGCGUCUGCAUCUGCGCUGGCACAAGCAUUGCACCGCAUCCCAAUGGAGUCGCUCAAGCUGUGGUGGAACUCGCUGCCGUAUCUGCACCCCGAGGUGCUGCCCCCAAGCACGCCUUUCACUGCUCCGGGCGCCAGCAGCUCCCCACUGCCCAUCCUCUAUGUCUAUCCAGCACAAAAACACCACAUCACCUCGAUCGACGUCGAAUGUGUGCGAAUACAGGCGUUUCUGUCCUUCUACGGAUUCAACCAUGCCGUUCGAGAGACCUGCAAUCCAGAAAUGUCUCCAUCAGGCCAGCUUCCGUUCCUGGUGACGCUCGACAACAGAGUGCUCGCCGGGCGGCAGAUCGUCGACGAAGUCGCAAAGAAUUUCCCUGAACUGCAUGUCAAACCCGAUCUCGACACCAUGGCCUUCUCGAGCCUUGCCGACUCUCGCCUCAAGCUUGCGCUGACCCACAGCCUUUGGUACGACAUCAAGAUUGCCGAGAAGCUGCUGCAUUGCAGGUUCAGUCAAUUGGCUUGGCCGCUUGGGCCUGUGGUUCUGCGGAUCAAGCGGUCCGAGGAGCUCGCCUGGAUGCUGAAUCGCAAGCCAGUCUUGUAUCGAGAUGAGAUUUACCGCGAAGCCGAGCAGGCGCUCUCGGCGCUCUCUGUCAAGCUCGGUCAGCACUCGUACUUUGGCGGCGUCAGGCCGUCGUAUCUGGACGCCACAGUGUUUGCAUAUCUGCACAUUAUCCUCUCGUUGCUGGCUGGCUCGGACGAGACCGAGCUCCGAAAGCUGGUUCUGCGCCACGAAAACCUCGUGCAGUAUGCAAAGCGGAUCUGGUCCACCUGGUUUGCAACCACACCGAAGCGCAACGAGACGAGCGGGGAUGCAUAGAUGCCGCAACAACGACCGAGCCGCUUUAGCACCGACAGACCAAGAAGCCGGAGCAAGCGACAAGGCACCCACCCACCCGCUCGCUCACCACCACCCCCUCGCCCAAGCCUCAUUGCGCUUGAUGAAAUACAUCGACCCCGCAUACAGCGUUCCUAAAACGGAACGGGAUUCCCUGUUUUGAGCCAGGGGUGCCGCUUGAUUCUGGGUCCUGAUUACAUCUUUCCAUCGCUGCACUGCAGGUCGACUGUGGGGACCAGGGAGCGACUGGA